AUGGAAAGGGGGAAGGCAAUAGUAACAGAGUCAAAAUGGUUAAAGGCACUUCCUGCAUUCAAAAUGGCACUGAAAGGAGCUUGGACAUAAUUGCACCAAUGUUUCUUCAUCCCUCCUUAUUCCAAGCAUACCUCUCCAGUUUCCUAAGAUCAGUUGGUUUGCUUCUGCAGCUUGCAGUUGAAAUCUGCUGUUUCAAGCUAUGAAAAAGAAGUGUCACCAACUGAAUGUUACUUCUUUAAAUGCCACAGGCAGAUGCUUGAAGUCUCAAUAUCUGAACUGAGAAACACUGUAAUGGAACUGGAAAAAAGACUUAACAGUGUUGAAGAAGAUGGUAAUGAAUGGAAAACCAGAUAUGAGACCCAAGUAGAACUGAACAAACAGCUGGAAAGGCAAAUUAACAUUCUUCAAGACAAGGUGGAGCUUUUUCGUGGAAAUCCAGCAGAUAAACUGUCCAUUAUUCGCACCUUUGAUCAAAUGCCUGUG